AUGGGACAUUCCAUUGAGAGGUCAUUCACGUGCUCUGAGUGUGGGAAGCAAUUCAACCGGUCAUCUAGUCUGAAGCUCCACCAGCAGGUUCACUCAGGGGAGAGACCCUUCACCUGCUCCGAAUGUGGAAAGGGAUUUGCUCGAUCAUCCAAACUUCUCCUUCACCGGCGCAUUCACACCGGAGAGAGGCCGUUCAUCUGCUCUGAGUGCGGGAAGGGGUUCACUGAGUCAUCGGUCCUUCUGGCACACCAGCGGGUUCACACCGGGGAGAGACCGUACGCUUGCUCUGAGUGCGGGAAAGCAUUCCGUCGAUCAUCCGACCUGCGGACGCACCAGCGGGUUCACACCAGGGAGAGGCCGUUCAUCUGUUCGGAUUGUGGGGAGAGAUUCACUCAGUCAUCAGUCCUUCUAACACACCGACGAAUUCACACUGGGGAGAGACCGUACACUUGUUCUGAGUGCAGGAAAGCAUUCAGUCGGUCUUCCGAACUGCGGACGCACCAGCGAAUACACACCGGGGAGAGACCGUUCACCUGCUCUGAGUGUGGGAAGGGAUUCAGCCGGUCUUCUAGUCUACAGAUCCACCAGCGGAUUCACACUGGGGAGAGACCGUUCAUCUGUGCUGAGUGUGGGAAGGGAUUUACUCGCUCUUCGAAGUUAUUGACUCACCAGCAACUUCAUACUGGGCCCUUCAUCUGCUCCGAAUGUGGGAAGGGAUUUGCACGGCCAUCCACAUUACUCUCUCAUCAGCGAGUCCACACCAGGGAGAGCCUGUUCACCUGCUCCGAAUGCGGAAAGCGAUUCAACCAGUCAGCCAUUCUGAAGAUCCACCAGCAGGUUCACACUGGGGAGAGAUCCUUCAUAUGCUCCAAGUGCGGGGACGCAUUCACUCAGUCAAAGGACCUUGUGACACACCAACAAAUUCACACUGGAGAGAAACCAUAUGCCUGCUCCGAGUGUGGAAAGGCAUUCAGUCGAUCAUCCAACCUGCGGAUGCACCAGCGAAUACACACCGGGGAGAGGCCGUUCACCUGCUCCGAGUGUGGGAAGGGUUUCAGACGAUCUUGCGACCUGCAGGCACACCAACGACUUCACACUGGGGAGAGACCGUACGCUUGCUGCCAGUGCGGGAAGGCAUUCAGUCAAUCAUGUGACCUGCGGACGCACCAGCGAAUACACACAGGAGAGAGGCCGUUCACCUGCUCUCAGUGCAAGAAGGCAUUCGGUCGACCAUGUGACUUGCUGAUGCACCAACGCACACACACAGGAGAGAGGCCGUUUACCUGCUUGGAGUGUGGGAAGGGAUUUAUACGGUCAUCCAGGCUGCUCACUCACCAGCGAGUGCACACCGGGUAG